AUGGCUUCAUUAAAUGGCUAUCUUCAAGGCUACGGAAGCGACGAUCCUCCCAACGAGCAGUGGAAUGAGCAAUUCGAAGAAGAGGAAUUGAAUGAGCAACUUCAAGAUCGUAUCCCUCUUCCCCCCGGACUACAAACUCAACGAUUCGAUUCAUAUGAUGAAGUCAUUGAAAUUCUCAACGCUCAUGGACAUGAUUAUGGCUAUGCAGUCAAUAAAAAGCGCGUUAAAAAGGUCAAAUCUGGCUCCCAUAUAAAGAAUCCCCGUGGCUCUCUGACUGAGACUGGCGUGUAUGACUCGGUGACCCUCCCUGAAGGUCCUGAAUGCAGCGAAGAUAGAAGUAAGGCCAGGUUGUCGAGGUUACAUCACCCGGCUCUACAUCCGCGAGAUGCACGAGCAAAUAAAACAGCCCAAUGCACCCCCAUUGGCGUCUCAGAGGGUCCACUGACCAGCAUCAGCCCUCAGAUUGCUAGAGGGGCCGCUAGACACGGCGGCCCCGAUCGAACCGUUAGCAGUGGCCUGGCACGCCGUCAACGUAUCGCCGUUCAAAUUUGGCGACACGACGGUGAUCGUCGGAGGUGGACCCAUUGGCAUUUGCGUCCUGCAGGUGCUGAAGAUGCAAGGGGCGAAGGAGAUCAUCGUGGCGGAGCCAAUGGAGGGCCGGCAGAAGCUGGCGCGUCAAUACGGCGCGACGGAGAUACUGGACCCGGGCAGCGAGGACGUGUCAAUGCGAGUGCAGGAGAUGACACGGCGGGAGUCGAGGGGGGGCUGAAUAGUGUGAUCUCGGCGUGUCGGACGCACGGGACGAUCGUGAACAUCGCGGUGUGGGAGAAAGAUCCGGCGCUGCAUGUCAACGAGCUGAUGUAUCGGGAGGUUCAGAAUAUGCAAGCGGCGUUGUACGAUGAAAUGCCGUUUCAACACACACUUGAGGCCUUGAGUUAUGGCCAAUUAGACCCCCGUGGUAUGAUUACGUCGAAGAUAUCACUGGAGGAGGCUGUGGAGAAGGGCUUCAAGGUAUUGGUGGAUGAACGGGAUCGUCAUUGCAAGAUCUUGGUCAAUUUACGAGCUGCCGAGUGCGCUGGGGAUGAACCGAAUGGUUCUGGGUCUUAA